AUGAAUUUGUAUAAUUCUCAUUCUGCUCGAAUUUUUAAUUUAAAUACAGAAAUUUCACCACCACGAACUGUUCAAACUGCAAGAUCACCUCGUAGACGUCCAAAUAAGUUUGCUGACGAUAAUUUUAAUACACAAGACUUAGAAUUUGGAAAAAAUGGUGUUCAUGUAACAAUUGGAUCAAGUAGAAAGGAAGAAGAACCAUUAUCACUAUCCCCAGGGCCGGCUGCAUAUGAUACUUUUGAUUACGUUAGAACAACACCAUGCUUUACUCUGAAAAGUCGCCCAGAAGUAGAUUAUUCAACAGAUACUAGUGGAUGUGAUGUUCCCGAUCUUCGUCAAUAUCCAAGAAAACUUGAUAGAAAAAUCGGCUUAAGAGUUAAUACAGAUUUAUGGCCUACAAACGAUAACCCAUUAGCAGCAUAUGAUAUACCAGCGCCGUCAACUCCAAAAGUGUCAAUUAGAAGUAGAAUACCAAUUCCAGUUAACGAUACUCCAGGUCCUGGUCAAUAUUCUCCACGAACACCUAAAACGCAGUACCAAGCAACAUUUCCGAAAUUGAGAACGAGAAACGCAUUCGAGUGCCGUUCAGUUUCACCUGGACCUGGACAAUAUAACAUCAACAGAUCUCUAAUCCGUACAGAAAAAUGGAAAGGAGCAAUAAGACCAAUUAAGAAAUGGGAUUAUGGUGAAAAUGAUUAA